CAACUCAAAAUUCUUAUAACACAAUCAAAAAGCAUUUGCUACUCCUUGAGAAAACAUUCAGCAACUGCAAAGACCUGGGGACAUUUUUUUUAAAAAAUAAAAUAAAGAUCACAUGCUCACUGAGUCAUUUCCUGGAAGGGAAACUCCCAGUGGCUGAAAACGGAGAAAGUGAAACUUAACUCGGAUCUUCGGUGCAAGGGAGCCAUGGCUGCUUUUGAGGGUCACAUCCAGCGUCUCCGUGAUGAAGCCAGUUGCUCCAUCUGCCUGGAUUACUUCAAGGAUCCAGUGACCAUCCCAGAGUGUGGGCACAACUUCUGCCGAUCCUGCCUGAUCCAGUGCUGGGGGGAAUCGGAGGCAGAGGCUUCCUGCCCUCAGUGCAGAGAAAGAGUCCAGAGAAGGAGCCUCAUCCCCAACCGGCAAUUGGCUAAUAUGGUGGAAAUAGCCCAGAAUCUCAGCCUUCAGGAGGGAAAGGAGGAAGGAGGGAAAGGGAGAGUCUGUGAGAAGCACCAGGAGCCCCUGAAACUCUUUUGUAAGGAGGAUGAAGCCCCCAUUUGUGUGGUUUGUGACAAAUCAAAGGAGCACAAACACCACGAGGUGAUUCCUGUGGAGGAGGCUUUGGAGGAAUACAAGGGAGAGAUCUGUCGCCGCCUGGAGAUUCUGAGGAAAGAGAGAGAGGAAAUUCUGGCCCAUCAAGCAGCCCUGGACAAGGAAUGCAAAGACCUCCUGAAAUUAACAGAAACGGAGAGGCUGAAGACUGUGGAGAAGUUCAGAGAACUGCGCCACUUCCUGGAAGAACAAGAAAAACGUCUGCUGAAUGAUGUGGAAGAGGUGGAGAAGGAGAUUGGAGGGAGAAGGGAUGAGCAGCUGGCCAGACUCUCCAGGAAACUCUCCUCUCUUGAGAGGAUCAUCCAGGAGAUGGAGGAGAAGAGUCAGCAGCCAGCGAGUGAACUCCUGCAGGAUGUGAGAAGGACCUUGCAGAGGUAUGAGGAAAGAGAGAGUCCAGAGAAGCCACUGGCUUUCCCUCCAGAACUGAGGAACAGGAUCUUGGAUUCCUGUGAUCUAAAUCACCUUGUGGAGGAUAUAAUGAAACAAUGGAAAGUUGCUGUGUUAUACAGAAAACAGCUUCAGAAAGAUGUUCUAUCAUUCAGAAAUCUUCAGAAAGCAAAUGUCACUCUGGAUCCAGACACAGCCCAUCCCCAACUCAUCCUGUCCGAGGAUCAGAAAAGCCUGAGUAGGGGAGACAAACCUCAAGCCCUGCCUGAUAAUCCUGAGAGAUUCCGUUACCGGCCUUGUGUGUUGGGACGUGAGGGAUUCACAGCAGGCAGACAUUUCUGGGAAGUCACUGUGGAAAGUGGGGAAUUGUGGGCUCUGGGGGUUGCCAGGAAGUCUGUGGAGAGAAAGGGCUAUUUCAACUUCAGUCCUGAGGGAGGAAUCUGGGCUGUGGAGAAGUGGGGAGGGGGCUACUUGGCCUGCAGUUCCCCUAUUUCCUCUCUUCUGUCCCUGUUUUGGGUGCCCAGGAGGAUCCAGGUGACUCUGGACUAUGAAGGGGGACGUGUGUCAUUUUCUGACGCUGACUCAGGAGCCAAAAUCUACACGUUCUCAGGGGCCUCGUUCUCUGGAGAGACCCUCCUCCCUUUCUUUUGCCUGUGGAGAAAUGAAACCCACCUCAAGAUCUCCUGAGGAGACUAAAUCUGCCUCUCAGGCCCAGCAUUUUCUUUCCUUUUCCCAGAAUUCCCUCUUCAGCUUCUUAAAGAGUCAGUCACACUUUCAGGAGUCCUAAUAAAUUUUCUCACCUUCAA